UUUGUCUCUUGUAUCUACAGGCAAACCAAUUUCUCCGGGCCCACUGAACAGCUCUGCCAAGAAACAAAGGAGAGUCCUGGAGACUAUGGUCACCAGUGAGGCCAACUCCCAUGUGGGUCUUGACGACUUUGUUGAGAUGACUAAGAAGUACGCUCAGGGUAUCGCACCUUCACCAGUCAUGGCCGCAGCAGGAGGAGGUGACGACGACGAUGACGAUGAUGUAGUAGUGAAACAUCCUGAUGAUCUGCCCUUACACCAAAAGCUGCUGAAGUUCCCUCUGUAUGCUUUGCUGGAGAUCAAGGAGCACCUUAUCGACUGGGCGUCACGGGCUGGCAUGCAGUGGCUCAGCACCUUGAUCCCCACGCACCACGUCAACGCACUCAUCUUCUUCUUUAUCAUUUCCAACCUCACAAUUGACUUCUUCAUCUUCCUCAUCCCCCUGCUAGUUUUCUACCUGUCGUUCUUCUCCAUGGUGAUCUGCACGCUGCGAGUAUUUCAG